AUGGGUGCUGCAGACCAAGCCGCUGUGCCAAGCCCAAUAAGUCCCUGCUCAGUGCCUCGGGGCCCAGCGGCAGCUCUUUGGGGCGGAGCCAGGGCCUCGUCUCCCCCGCCCCCAGCACUCCUAUCUGGCCCCGCCCCCUCGCGCCUACGGAACUCCAAGAGAGACAUACAGGUCCCCUCUUCGCCUUUGCCCUGCGCACUGUUCACGCGAGACUUGGACAGGGCAGUGGGGCGGGAAGAGAAUCGGAGACACAACAAACAUGGCGGCGGCAGCGGCUGCGACGGUGACGAAGACAGCGGCGGCGGCGGCGGCGGUGGCGACGGCAGCGGCGUUAAACAAGGCAGUGGGAGUUACUCGGUGCUGUGGUCAGGUGGCAUAACAAAUUGUAAACUUCGAAAGAAAAAAGAAGAAAAGGAUAAAGCAAAGAUGGGUGAAAAGAAACCAGAGCCUUUGGACUUCGUGAAAGAUUUCCAGGAAUAUCUGACUCAGCAGACUCAUCAUGUGAACAUGAUUUCUGGCUCAGUUAGUGGGGACAAAGAAGCAGAGGCUCUUCAGGGAGCUGGAACAGAUGGUGAUCAAAAUGGACUUGAUCACCCAUCUGUUGAAGUUUCCCUGGAUGAAAACUCAGGAAUGUUAGUAGACGGGUUUGAAAGGACCUUUGAUGGAAAGCUCAAGUGUCGGUACUGCAACUAUGCCAGCAAAGGAACAGCCCGGCUUAUCGAACAUAUUAGAAUCCAUACAGGUGAGAAACCUCAUAGAUGUCACUUAUGUCCGUUCGCAUCUGCUUACGAGCGUCAUCUGGAAGCCCACAUGCGUUCCCAUACAGGAGAAAAACCAUACAAAUGUGAACUAUGUUCCUUCCGCUGCAGUGAUCGAAGUAACCUGUCCCAUCACCGAAGGCGCAAGCAUAAAAUGGUACCAAUUAAAGGUGCUAGGUCUUCCUUAAGCAGCAAGAAAAUGUGGGGAGUUUUACAGAAGAAAACAAGCAAUCUGGGCUAUAGCAGAAGAGCAUUAAUCAACUUAAGUCCACCUUCCAUGGUGGUUCAGAAGCCAGACUACCUUAACGAUUUUACCCAUGAAAUCCCAAAUAUCCAGACUGACUCCUAUGAAAGUAUGGCAAAAACCACAUCAGCUGGUGGCCUACCAAGGGACCCCCAAGAACUCAUGGUUGACAACCCUUUAAAUCAGCUCUCAACUCUGGCAGGACAGUUGUCUAGUUUGCCACCGGAAAACCAAAACCCUGCGUCUCCUGACGUAGUUCCCUGCCCCGAUGAGAAGCCUUUCCUGAUGCAGCAGCCCUCUGCCCAAGCAGUGGUUGCUGCCGUGUCAGCAAGUAUCCCUCAGAGCUCCUCUCCCACAAGCCCUGAACCUCGGCCGUCACAUAGUCAGAGGAACUACAGUCCAGUGGCGGGACCGAGCAGUGAACCAAGUGCCCACACGAGUACCCCCAGCAUAGGAAACAGCCAGCCGAGCACUCCAGCUCCGACCCUGCCGGUCCAGGACCCGCAGCUUCUGCACCACUGCCAGCACUGUGAUAUGUACUUUGCCGACAAUAUCCUUUACACUAUUCAUAUGGGAUGUCAUGGGUAUGAAAAUCCUUUUCAGUGUAACAUAUGUGGUUGCAAAUGUAAAAACAAGUAUGAUUUUGCCUGUCAUUUUGCAAGGGGACAGCAUAACCAACACUGAUUGAAACUAAUCACAUUAUGCUUUACUUGGUUUUACCAUUUUGUGUUUUAUAGUUUUGUUUGUUGGUUUUUUUUUCGGGGGGGGUCGUUCUAAUAAGGUGUCUGCUAAUUUAAAUCUAUAUAUUUAUAGAAAAGUUGGACAGUGGAAACAAAAUUUUUUUUUUCUAUAAAUACCUGGUCAGGCUCAUUUAUGUAUUAGAGCAGUGAGACACGCCGGAGUCUGUUUUCUUCUUCUCACUUAGAUGGUUGAGAACUGGAGUGCAGUCGUAACCCUAACAGGUAUCAUUUAAAUUCCCCAUGCUUGCGGUCUGUAAACACUUCUGAGCUUACUGAUACUUGGUAUUCAACAUACACAUCAAAGCUAGAUAUUAUUUCCGCCAUAUUUCAACAUGGUAGAAUUACCGUCUCUUAACAAAGUCUGUUAUGAACAGUUGAUUGCAGUGUUUGGUAGAGGAAUUGCCCUUAACCUCGUUCUGUCAACGUGCUGUUUUGUUCACAUUGCGGAAUGUUCGCAGUACAUUCCUUUCACCUGAUGAUCACAGAGCUAGUCAGGGUAGCAGAUCCUUUUUUUUUUUUUCCUUAAGGGGAAAUGCAAAACAGGUCAUUCUUUUUAAAUUCAAGUUAGAAAAAUAUGAGGUAAAAGUUCUGAAAAGAAAUGAAACCUAAAUGGAAUGGGUUUAAUACUUAAAAUACCUGUUUAUUCAAUUUCUAAUUUAAAUAUGUGUCAAGUUUUCCAUUGGAUUCUUUUUAUUCUGAUUUAUUGUAAAAACCACAUGAGAAUGCUAGAAACAUCAGAGGAUUAUCUUUAAAGAUGCCUUUUUGUUUUUUCCGUUUAAUUUGAACCUUUAAAUUCUUCACUCUGACGUCAUUAGUGUCGGGUGAGUUUAAUAAGUACACUGAGAAUCUCUUAUUCCUCCUAUUCCUUUGAUGACCAAAGAGGUACAGUGGGAGUCAUCCAUCUUAUUCCUUGGAAAUGCAGUCCUUCAAAAGAAAAAAAAUCUCUGAAGUUUCCGUUUCCUGCCUUCUGUCCAUUUACUGCCUGUAAUUUCCAAGAAGAGGUGGGUGUAGAAACACAUGGGCAAAUAGGAUGGCGAAGUAAUACUUAAAAAGAUGAAAACGUGUCCAAAACAAAUCCUGGUUUUCCCUUCAGAAUUGGCCAUUUAAAAUACUUUCUGUGAAUUGAGCUUGUAGUGCUAAUUUGCAGUUCUGCCCGUUUCUCAUGGACAGUGACAAAACUAUAUGGAGACUGAGUUGUCGCCUUAGUAGGAAAGGGUACACAAGUGGGAAAAUAGAUAUAAAAUGCAUUUAAAUGUGAUAUUUGUUUACAAAAAUAAGACUUGCUAAAUCUAGAAUAAUUUUGAAUAGGAGGCUAUUGUUUUUAUAUUGUGUAAUAACUAGCUUACUCUGAAGAGAGCUUGGUCAAACAAUAAAAUAUAUUGUUACUAAC